AUGCAUGAGGUCCCAGAUAGAUACAAACGAGCACGAGAAACAGAACAGCACAAUGUACCACAAGAGCUGGACAAAGUACUUGUAAUUCUUGAACCCAAUACAGGUACUGAACCAGGGACAAUGAUGGUCCAUUUUCAAAAUGCAUUGACGGCAGGUUCUGCAGUGAUGCGUGCGAUCGGGUUUCCAGCACAGGCACUUGUUACAGUACCGAGGUUUGCCGUUAUUUUUGGCCAAAACGUACUGUCGAAUACAUUCAGGCACUCCAGACUCCUCAUCCUGCAGGAAUUCCAUACUCUGUCUCGGAGACCCUGCUCCGACCACAAUCAAUUUGAAGUAACUAUAUGUGGAGAGCCCGUACAACAGCGUGGUCCACACGGCGCAAAUGGAGCCCAACACAGCGUUUAG